AUGGCGGCGGCUAACGGCGAGCCGGCUGAAGGACAGCACCAGCAAAACGGCAGAGCAAAAAAGAAAGCUAAAAAUACGCAUCAAGGAUCAGGAGGGCUUGUUUGGUUAGCUCUGGCCGCUACAGUCGCCGUCGUGGCUGUAGCGGUGACAGUAUCGCGACCGGAAUAUGUCACGGCUGCUGCUGCGAAAAGCAGCGAGUUUUGUAACCAGUUGCUGCGACAAUGGGGCGUGAUGCCUGUUGAGGAGGUGUCAGGAACAGGAGAUUCUUCACCGCCUGUCGAAUCGGCGGCAAUCUCUAGGAAACCGUCGGCGUCGUCAGCUUCCGUUACAUCUCCACCAGAUUCUGGCUGCACAUGUCAGGUGAAGCGGCUGUCAGGUGUGGUGGACGACUGCUGCUGCGAGUACGAGACAGUGGACGAUCUCAACUCGCACGUGUUACAGCCGCUGCUGACCCAGCUCGUCAACACCACCUUCUUCAAGUACUUCAAGGUUCGUCUGUGGUGUGACUGUCCCUUCUGGCUAGACGACGGCAUGUGUCACUCAAGGGACUGUUCUGUAGGGGAGUGCAAGGACGACGAGGUUCCUGCUCCCCUCCGCUGCCCCUCCCCGCCUGCGCCCUCGCUGCUCCCUGCUGACGUGGACGAGCCACGCGAUGCUGACCUGGACCCGACUGCGGACGAGUCAGCGUCUGCUGAGUCAGCGGCAGGGUCGGUGGAUCGAACGGUGGACCGGAGCGCAUUUCAAGCGUGGGUGGAAGCGGAUAAUCCGUGGACGUCAGAUGAUGAGUCAGAUACCGCCUCCCAGGUGUACGUGAAUCUAGCCUUGAACCCGGAAAGGUACACGGGGUACGGAGGGGACUCUGCCCGACGCAUCUGGCAGGCCAUCUACCAGGAGAGCUGCUUCCAGGACGGCACCAAAGACGAGUGCACGGAGAGGCGCGUGCUGUACCGGCUGAUUUCGGGCCUGCACCAGGCGAUUUCAGUGCACGUGGCUGCGUCGCAAAUAUGGGACUCAGCAGCUGGGCAGUGGGGUCCCAACAUCACCAUAUUCCAUCAUCGCGUGGCCAAGUUCCCAGAGCGCCUUGCGAAUCUCUACUUCACCUUCCUCUUUGUGCUGCGAGCGGCCACCAAGGCGGCGGAUUUCCUAUCACGAGCAUCAUAUGACACAGGCAACCCCUUAGAGGAUACACAGACGGCAGCACUGGUGCAGCAGGUGGUGCGGAAUGAGAGGUUGCAGGCGGCCUGCCCGUUGCCGUUUGACGAGGCGAGGAUGUGGCGAGGGGAUGAGGGGCCGCAGCUCAAGCAGACGCUGCAGGGGCAUUUCAGGAAUAUAAGCCUGAUCAUGGACUGUGUGGGGUGCGAGCGCUGCCGCUUGUGGGGCAAGCUGGAGAUGCUCGGGCUCGCCACGGCCCUCAAGAUCCUCUUCUCUGUUGAUGGAAAUGGCAAUGGCAACGGUGGCAAUGGUGAGGAGAAGUUGAGUCUGCAGCGCAACGAGGUGGUGGCGCUUUUUAACACGCUUUGGCGCUUCUCCCAUGCGCUCAACACCACUGCCGAGCUUGUCACCCUGCUCGAGAUGAACCCUCCCCCAGAUGCACCUGCGACCGGAGCAGCUCUGGUAGCGUCUGUCUCUGGUGGUGGUGCUGCUGGAGCAGUGCCACUGCAAAAGACCAGCCUGAGCAUCAUCGACACAAGCGAGUUUCAGCGGCUGAGGCACAUCCGCCAGCUAGGCGUCUGCUACUACGUGUACCCGUCAGCCAAUCACACGCGGCUAGAGCACUCCAUAGGGACCUCCCAUCUGGCCAAUCAGGUGGUGGAAUCGCUGCGGCGGCAGCAGCCAGAGCUGGGGAUAAAUGAUGAUGACGUCAUGGCGGUUACUCUGGCCGGGCUGUGUCAUGACAUGGGGCAUGGGUGCUUCAGCCACAUGCUGGAUAGCAAAAUCUUCUCCCGCUUCUGCCCUGGAUCGGAUUGGCACCAUGAGAAACGGUCAGCGGAUCUGGUGGAACGAAUGGUUGACAACAACAACAUUGACAUUGUCCCUGAUACCAUCGCCACCAUCCAGAGCCUCAUUUUACCAGACAAGUCCAAAAGGCACAGGGAUUACACUGGGAAGGAGUUCCUUUGGGACAUUGUGGCCAAUGCGCGGACGGGAAUAGAUGUGGACAAGUUUGACUACCUGGCUCGUGACAGCUACUUCUGCAACAUCAAGUCGUGCUUCGACCACAAGAGAAUAAUCCAUAUGAUGCGAGUGAUAGACGACGAGAUCUGCUUCAAGUACAGCGAGUUGGAGACAGUGAAUGAGCUGUUCUGGCUGAGGGCCAAGAUGUAUCGCAACGUGUACGCGCAUAAGACAGUCAAGGCCGUAGAGGCCAUGAUCCUCGAGGCCCUCACGCACGCCAACCACGUGUUUCGCUUCAGCGAUAUUGUGGAAUCGAAAGAUCUUGAUAGAUUCUGCCAGCUGGACGAUACGAUUCUGCGGGAGAUUCUGAGAUCUCGGGACCCUAGCCUGGCGAAAUUGCAGGAGAUUCUGAGGCAGCUGGAGCGGCGACAGCUGUAUCAGUACAUGAACGAGUUUGUGGUGCCGGUGGACGCUCUUCAUCACUUCAAGAAGCUCACAGUGGAUGAGCUGCUGCGGCAUGGCACGGGGUCAUACCUGAGGGAGCAUGGCGACCAAGUGAUAGUGGACAAUAUCAAGAUUGACUAUGGGCAGGACACAGACAACCCCCUCUACAAGGUCCGGUUCUUCGAUACUCAGGAGCACAGGGACCUGAACGAUCCUGCAAAGAAGCUGUCCAAGUUCCCCAUCCCAUGCCAUCGCAUGAGCACCAUGAUGCCUCAGAAUUACAAGGACAUGACCGUUCGAGUGUACAUCAAGACACGCGAUCAGCGCCUUGAGGAUGAGGUGAAGGAGGCGUUUGUCAACUACCAGAUGAAGACAUUUGGUCGCGAAGUCAUGCGCACUCCAAGCCGUAAGAGAAUGCGCAGACACCACGAAAAUGGUGGAGGGAUUACCAAUGGGGGUGGAACUGUCACAGAGGAGUUCACGGGGGAUGAUGAUGACGUGGUCUGUUCCCAAACUGCGAGGAAGCUGAUGUGA